ACAUUACCGCGAGAAAUAAUGAUGAAGCGUGCAGUAGUGAACGUUAAUUCAAAGGACAAUGCAUGCUUCGCGUGGUCAGUGGUCGCCGCUCUACAUCCUGCUGAAAGAAACACAGAAUUGGAAUCGUCAUAUCCACAUUAUACAACAGUCUUAAAGUUUGAUGACAUUGCGUUUCUCGUUACAGUAAAGGACAUUGGAAAAUUUGAGAGUCUUAACAAUAUAUCGAUCAACGUCUACGGGAUGAAAAAGGAAAUGGCAAUGCUAAAGAUUCUUCCACUGCGGCUCUCCAAUGACAAGAAAGAGAAGCAUGUCAAUUUAUUAUACGUGCAAAAUCCGCACGAAGACAGCGUGGGCCACUUUGUGUGGAUAAAAAAUCUGUCCCGCCUCAUCAGCUCCCAACUGAGUAAAAAGAAGCACAAGAAAUACAUUUGCGAUCGGUAUGUAUACUAUAUUCUUAUGUAAAAAAUAGUUUUAUGAUCUAGCAAAAAAAAGUAAU